CAAACUCCUACCCCAUCUAAUGGACAUCCACGUUCUUUCCGGCUCCUUCACCUCGUUCUCUCUUUUCCUCCUCGCCUUCUCGCCACUCAACCGCUCUCUCCGGCUUCUCCGCACCGUACCCGCCAUCGGCCCGCACCAGUACAUUACACAGACCCCUCAGGCCGUGUACGCGACGACAUGGGCUUCUCCACCGGCCCUGCAUGCGUGGUCCCUUCCUUCGCUAGCUCACAUCGGCAGUACUCCCAUAACGGCAACAUCGUCUUAUAUCACGAUACUUGACUCUCACGCCUACUCAAUGGGUGGUCCCACAGGAGAGAUUCACACUCUUGACCCUGCAACCGGAGCAUGGAAAAAGAAAAUACAAGAGAUUCUAUUUGUCGAAUCAGGAAAACUGGAUGAAGCCGAUAAGACAAGGAAAGCGCUGAGAUACGGUUCCCAUGCGAUAGAGUUCACGGCAGACGGAAACUAUGGUUUUGUUCCGGUCCUCGGGACGGAAGAGAUCCAUGUCUUUAAGAGAGGUAACAACGGGACACUCGAACGCGUAGCGAAAUCCAAAGGUCAUGCAGGAGACGGUCCACGGCACGUUAAAAUUCAUCCAAACGGAGAGGUUGUCUACUGCGUGACUGAACACAGCAACAAAUUAGUCGUAUACACCUUUAAUACGGCGCCUACACCAUCUCUCAAACUCCCCCUCUACGCUUCCGGCUCAUCGCGCUCCUACAGGGGUGACACACUGCUACUCGCGCCUUCAGCUAAGCAAAUAUUUGCGACCGCUCGUAGGGCAACGCACCUCGACCCAGGAUACAUUUCUGUCUUUUCUCUCUCCUCAUCCGGUCUGCUUAGCGGCCAAGUCGAGUACUACGAGACCCCGACCUCAGGAGGGAAAGCCCACGCUAUCGACUUGCUCCCAAAGGCUUCUGACUCUCUCUCUAUCCCAGCCGAGUCCCUAUGGAUAGUCUUAACAGACGACGACCCAUGCACGCAGGCGCCUGAACCCUGUGCGAGUGUACGCAUACUCGAAUGGGACGGCUGGGAUACAGGUGGGAUACGCGAAGUCGCAGCAUAUUCUGGGACGGAGAUGCAAGGUGGGAGCCACGCGAUUUUCUUGCGCGCAGAUGUAGAUGCCGAGGAAGUGGUGCGGCAUGAUGAACUGUAG